AUGGUUGAAGGCACGAUCAAAGGUUAUUUCAAACAAUUAAAAGACGGCUGUGGCGAUGAGCAAUGUCCAAAUGUGUAUUGUUCAUCGAAUCCAGCAUUCAAAUUCGAUCGACAAUCACUGCAAAAUCCAAAUACAGCAGCUGCCCAAGCGAUACACCUUGCAACAGAAUUCGGUUCGGUUUAUCUGGAUGAAUUUAUCAAUUCCAAUUUGUUCCUGGUCCAAGACAAUCUAGAGCACAUUCUAACUAAAUCAAAACAAACGAAUAAUUAUGACCUACUUAAGAAAUUAAUCUGUUCAGUUUUUUCGAAUCGACAAAAUCUGUCGUCAAGCUUUCUCCAGAAAGGUUUCCCUUUAAACAUUUCACAAGAUACGGAUCAAGCGUCAAUAACAACAAGUGCCACACCCAAAAGUACUUUCAUACAAGAUAAACGUAUUACAUUGGAGAACGAUCAGAUUACAUUAGAUGUCGAGAUGAUGAAACGCAUGAUGAAGGGAUUACUAGUAUUUGAAGAUGAAAUAUCUCUAACGAUGAUCUAUGCAUUAGGUACAUUAUUUAAACAGAUCUAUAACGAAUUAACGUCAGGAAGAAAACAAGAGUUAGAAAACGAUGCAAAUUUUUUAAACAUUUUCUUAAUUAUCUUUCAACUGCCUUUUCUUUCCGAUCCAACAUUCAUAUUUGAGUCUGCAUAUUCAUUCUAUUCAUUAUUUACAAGAAUAUCAAUCGAUUUGCAAGCCAAGUUCGUAAGAGUUCUAGCCAAGUAUCCCAAUGAUUUGAAAUUCUAUGUGGCACAUUUACAACAGUACAUUACAAUGCGUACGGUAAGAUGGUGUGAUCACAAAUCUAUGUCUAAUGUCAACGAAGCGAUUCUAUCAGCUGAACAUGGAAUGUAUGAGGGAUUAAAUAUUUUGCGUAUAAUAUUUUAUGCCAAUCUUCUUGCUGGAGAACGCGAUAAGAUAGAAAUCAUUGAAAAAGAACGUGAAAACGAUCAGAAAAUGGAAGUUGAGUUAGUCAGUCGUCGCCAACGACACAAUGACGAUGAUGACAAUAAUGGUGAGCAAGAACAAGAAGACGAACAACGAUCACAGCAACAAACACAAGGACGAUCUGAACAACAAAAUGAGAGUCAACAGGCGGCGUCGUCCCGAGUACGACAGCGGUCAACACACUUUUCUAUUCGCGCAAGUACAAGUGACCAAGAUGAAAUCGAAUCGAUCUAUGAGAAUCCAUUACAAAUUAAACUUGAUCUUGAGCCCAAUGAAUACCGUCACGGUUAUUUGCCAUUCGAUGAUUUUAUUAAUGAAUAUACAAAUGAAAACAUCGAAAUUAACACAGAAUAUUUGGAUUUUGUUCGACGAGGACCUGAUGUCGUUGGCUUUUCAUUUAUUCUCUAUCCGUUUUUCUUAUCAACUAUCAAUAAAAUUGCACUUCUCAAUAUCGAAAAUAAAGUACAGAUGUAUCAACAUCGGCAUACGUCAUAUGUUCACAGUAUCGUCAGCGGUAUUCGACUGGAUCCAUUCUUUAAAUUGAAUGUUCGACGAGAUCACCUGAUCGAAGAUGCUCUAAUUGCUCUCGAAUAUCAAGGUAUCGAACGGCCAGCUGACUUGAAAAAACAAUUGUUUGUCGAAUUCUACGGUGAACAGGGACAUGACGAAGGUGGUCUAUCUAAAGAGUUCUUUCAGUUAAUCACAGAACAAAUUUUCAAUCCUGAAUAUGGUAUGUUUAUGGCAGAUGAAGAAACACGCUCUUUAUGGUUCAAUCCUUCGGCACCGGAGGAUCUGGAUCGGGAAUAUACAUUGAUCGGCAUGUUGUUAGGUUUAGCUAUUUACAAUUCUGUUAUUCUUGACAUUAAAUUUCCACCUGUUCUCUAUCGUAAACUCAUGGGUAAAGUGGGCACUUUCGAAGACCUUGAAACAUCACAUCCAUCAAUAUAUAAGAGUUUAAAAAAUCUCCUAUCAUUUGAUGAAUUACAAGAGAACAUGACCGUCGAAGAGGCAUUUGGUUUAACAUAUCAAAUUGGUAUUACUGAUGCCACAGGAUCACGAGUAACAUUUGAUUUAAAAGAAAAUGGCGAUAGUAUUCCAGUGACGAAUGCUAAUCGGGAAGAAUUCGUACGUCUCUACACUGAUCUUAUAUUGAACAAAAGCGUUGAAAAACAGUUUCAUCCAUUCUUUCAUGGAUUUCUAUUAGUAACACGUGACAGUUCAUUGAGAAAACUCUUUCGACCCGAUGAAAUCGAAUUGCUCGUUGCUGGCAGUCAAGUACUCGAUUUUAGUCAGCUUGCAUCCGCCGCUGAAUAUGAUGGCGGUUAUACCCAAGACCAUCCAACAAUAAAAAAUUUUUGGAAUGUUCUUAUGAGUUUUAAUGAUGAACAAAAACGAAAAUUUCUUCGAUUCACAACGGGCAGUGAUCGGGCACCAAUCGGCGGUUUGGCACGAUUGAAACUAAUUAUAUCUCGAAAUGGUCCUGAUACUGACCGUUUACCAACAGCACAUACAUGUUUCAAUGUUAUCCUUCUUCCUGAUUAUUCAUCUCUGGAUAAAUUAAGCGAAAAGCUCUUGAUCGCCAUCAAUAAUACACAAGGAUUUGGCUUACUUUAG